GUCGUCCACGAGAAACGAGCUGUGCCGCGCUCAAGCUUGCAUAAACGCGUUUCGCCCGAUGUUGUGCUUCCCGUCCGAGUAGGCCUGAAACAAAAUGCUAGGGCCCUGGAACAGGCAGAGGAUUGGCUGAUGGAGGUGUCCCAUCCCGGUUCUUCCAUGUAUGGAAAGCAUUGGAGCCCAGAUGAAAUCAUUGAGGCUUUCAAGCCUACCGAUGAGGCCAUUGAGACAGUGGCCGCUUGGUUGACCAAAGCUGGAAUCUCCAAAGAAAGAAUUACUCACAGCGACAACAAAGUAUGGCUAGCAUUCGAUGCCACGACGGAAGAAGUGGAGAGUUUACUGCAUACUGAAUACUUCCAUGAUGACCAAGACCGGGCUUUAGUCGCUGCUCACGAGUAUCAUCUUCCAAGCCAUGUUUCGGAACAUGUCGAUUAUAUCACCCCCGGAGUCAAGGGAACAUUCAUGGAGCUCCGCCGAAGAGACAAGAGAGCGCUCAACGCCGAGUCCGAGCGCAAAUCUCGCCGUCGCCAACAGCAUAUGAAGCCCUUGCCUGACCUACCAAAAAGCUGGUCAUCAAGCGAUCUCUCAACUUGUGAUCAAGUCAUAACACCCGAAUGCUUGCAAGCACUUUAUGACUUCAAGGCACCUAGCCCUAACGCGAAAGUUAGCAAGAAUAACUCUCUUGGCAUCUUCGAAGAAGGCGACUACUAUGCGCAGCAAGACUUUGACAAAUUUUUUGCUCAAUAUUUUCCCAACGUUCCCAAGGGCACUCAUCCGAUUUUGAACUCAAUCGACGGUGGCAAAGCCCCUGUACCAGUGGCCGACGCUGGUGGUGAAAGCAAUCUCGAUUUUGAGCUCGCAUAUCCCAUCAUCUACCCGCAGACCACAACGCUCUAUCAGACUGAUGAUACUUUCUAUGCCACCUCUAACGCUUCCACAGCCGGUGGAAUCUUCAACACCUUCUUCGAUGCUAUCGACGGCUCCUACUGUACCUACUCGGCUUUUGGAGAGACAGGCAACGAUCCCAAGCUGGAUCCCAAAUAUCCCGAUCCGAAUGCCGGUGGCUACAAAGGCAAAUUGAUGUGCGGAGUUUAUAAGCCUACCAACGUCAUCACUAUCUCGUACGGUGUGCAAGAGAGCGACCUCCCAGCUUACUACCAGCAGCGUCAGUGCAACGAGUUUUUGAAACUUGGUCUGCAGGGCGUUUCCAUCUUCGUUGCCAGCGGCGAUACCGGAGUUGGUGGAUAUCCUGGAGAGACCCAAUCAGACUUCUAUGGAUGCUUACGCGACGACGACGUGUUCUCACCUACCCAGCCAAACAGCUGCCCGUGGUUGACCAACGUUGGAGCCACCAAGGUCUACCCCGGCAAGACUGUCCACGACCCAGAGAGCGCUGUCUUUGAUCCCAGCCCGUCAUUCAACUUUAGCAGCGGUGGUGGCUUCUCCAACAUUUUCCCCGUUCCCAAAUACCAGCAGGGAGCCGUUAGCAGCUACUUCGAGAACUACAACCCACCGUACCCGUACUACACGGACGGAAACUACGAGAACAGCACAGGCAUCUACAACCGUAACGGCCGAGGUAUUCCUGAUGUGGCUGCCAACGGCGACAAUAUUGCAGUCUGGGUCGGCGGUCAACAAGGAACAUCUGGUGGCACUUCUGCGUCAUCUCCCAUUUUCGCGUCACUCGUCAACCGUAUUGUUGAAGAGCGCAUUAAAGUCGGCAAGGGACCAUUGGGCUUCAUUAACCCAACGUUGUACUCUAACCCAGGAGUUUUGAACGAUAUCACCAAUGGAACCAAUCCUGGCUGCGGUACUCUUGGAUUCAACGCUACGAAGGGGUGGGAUCCUGUUACAGGGCUGGGUACACCAAACUACCCGAAGAUGCUGGAUUUGUUCUUAAGCUUGCCUUGAAGCGCGUGUUUUUUAUAAAUCUAUAGUCUAUACCAUUAAAUGUUCUCACCAGAAACGUGAGGCUAUCUCUCGAUGCUA